CCAACAGCGACAGGAACUUCCGGGGUGGGGCCUGUCUAGUGCUUCCCCGUAGGGAAUGUGGCCUUUCAGCGUUGCUGAUAUCGGCAGUCGCUUGGCCGCUACUUCCGUUACUUUAAGACGGUGCCUGAGGUUGGGGGUGACCAUGGCCAAGAGCAAGUUUGAGUACGUCCGGGAUUUUGAGGCUGACGACACCUGCUUGCCGCACUGCUGGGUUGUGGUGCGGCUGGACGGCCGGAAUUUCCAUCGGUUUGCUGAGAAGCACAGCUUUGCAAAACCUAAUGACAGUCGAGCUCUGCAGCUGAUGACCAAAUGUGCCCAGACAGUAAUGGAGGAGCUGGAGGACAUUGUGCUUGCAUAUGGACAGAGCGAUGAGUACAGCUUUGUGUUCAGGCGGAAAAGCAAUUGGUUUAAAAGGAGAGCCAGUAAGUUCAUGACUCUCGUGGCCUCCCAGUUUGCCUCCAGUUACGUGUUUUAUUGGAGGGAUUACUUUGCGGACCAGCCCCUUCUGUAUCCCCCAGGAUUUGAUGGAAGAGUCGUGUUGUAUCCUAGCAACCAGACCUUGAAGGACUACCUCAGUUGGCGACAGGCAGACUGUCACAUCAAUAAUCUUUAUAAUACAGUAUUCUGGGCCCUUAUCCAGCAGUCUGGACUAACACCGGUCCAAGCCCAGGACAGAUUAAAGGGAACUCUGGCAGGAGACAAGAAUGAAAUUCUGUUCUCUCAGUUCCACAUCAACUACAAUGACGAGCCACCGAUGUACAGGAAAGGGACAGUGUUGUUGUGGCAGAAGGUGGAUGAAGUCAGGACGCAAGAAGUUAGGCUGCCUGCAGAAAUGGAAGGGGAACGGAUGACUGUGACCCGGACCAGAUCCAGGCCCGUGCCCUUGUACUGCGAUCUCAUUGGGGAUGCGUUCUGGAAGGAACACCCAGACCUUCUGUCGGGAGAGAACUGACCCUGCACUCUGCAGUUCUGCCCUGUUUAACCAUGCUGGGCUCCUGGAGUCUCCUGCCCUUGGGUGGCUCGAGCAUUCCUAGCUCCAAGAACCCUGUAUGGAGUGACGUGACUGGAGCUGGGUGGAGAGAAAGCAAUGGACAGGGGCUAUGUAUCUUACUGUGCUCAAGCAAAACACCUUUCCUUUCUUUACGGUGUUAGAACAUGACUUCUUUGGCUCUUUUCAAAAUCAUGAUCCUAUUUUUAUAAAAGAACUAUUCACGCUU